AUGGCCGGAAUCACCCUCUACGAUGCCAGCAUCCCAGUAUUCAAAUCUGGUCUCAUCAGCCUCAAAGGCAUUCUAGCCAAAGGCAUCGCUCACUACGGAUCUGCCUCGGCCGACAUUCCAAAAGAAACAUUAAUCGAAGAUUUGAUUCCUCUGGCUAGCCAUGUCAAACUCGUCUCCAACAUUGCCAAGAAGACUUUGACUCGCAUUGCCGGAAUCCAAACCGAAGCUUGGGCCGACGAUGAAGACACGGCAGAAAAGCUCAUUGAGCGUUGCGAGCGCACUAUUGCGCUUCUUGAAAGCGUUGAUCCCAAGGAUAUUUGUGGACACGAGGGGGAUGAGGUGGAAUUCUCCGUGGGCCGCUACAACUUGAAGAUGACUUCCAAGGAAUAUGUGUUGAAAUAUGCCGUCCCCUUCUUCUUCUUUCAUUUAGAGUUGGCUUACUCCAUUUUACGCAUGAAGGGAGUGCCUCUCGGCUUUGCGGAUUACCUUUUGCCUCAUCUUGAGUCUCAUUUGGUGUAA